AUGAUCAUUACGGAUGAUACCCCGCCCUCGCCCUCCAAGAAUGCGCAACCGCUCCCCGGCGAUCAGAACCACAGCGAUACCAAUCCUGCGCCUCCUGCGUAUACCGGUUAUCAGCAGGGUCAAGCCUACCCUGGCCCCGUCCCCAGUGGCUCAGGAUAUGUCCCAAUAAUCGACGCGGAACCUCUCCCUGAACCAGCAGGGAAGCGGUUCUUCAAGGCGUUCGGCGUUGCGUUGGUCAUCUAUUUCCUUCUGGUUGUGUUCACCGGCAGCGCCAUUGAUGUAGGACAGAGCCAUAGGCGCAGGGUGAGUGGAGUCGUCUGUCUGUUACCAGUCCCCGUUUGA